UUCCCAAGGAGUCCCAUGUAUCAGCCCUCCUCAUUAAACACUACCAUCAACGUGUACAUCACCAAGGAAGAGGCAUGACUGUAAAUGAAUUGCGUGCAAAUGGCAUAUGGAUUCUAGGAUGUAGAAGUAUGGUCUCUUCGCACAUUUAUCACUGUGUUAAAUGUAGAAGAUACAGAAAGCCAACAAAUGUCCAACAGAUGGCAGAGUUACCAGAAGAAAGAACAAAAACAGCACCUCCUUUCACCUAUUGUGGUGUCGACUGUUUUGGUCCAUUCAUCGUAAAGGAAGGAAGAAAGGAAGUCAAAAGAUAUGGAUUAUUGUUCACAUGCUUAUGUUCACGAGCUGUGCAUAUUGAAACACUGGAUGACUUAUCAACUGAUGCUUUCAUGAACGCUCUUCGGGUGCUGAUUGCAAUAAGAGGUCCUGUUCGACAAUUGAGAUGUGACCAAGGAACAAACUUUAUGGGAGCCAAAAGAGAGUUUUUGAAGCUAAUGAAGGAUAUGGACCAAGAACCACAAAGAGCUAUUGGUUGCGAGUUUGUGAUGAACGUUCCAUCAGCUAGCCACAUGGGAGGCAUCUGGGAACGCCAAAUUCGAACAGUACGGAGCAUACUAACAGCAAUGUUAGAUAAAUUCUCAAACAGACUUGACACAACUAGUCUAAGAACACUUCUUUACGAGACAAUGGCCACCAUUAACAGCAGACCCUUAAGCGUGGAGUAUCUUAACGAUGCUUUAGGUCCAGAGCCAUUAACUCCCAAUCACAUAUUAACGAUGAAAUCUUCAGUUAUUCUUCCCCCUCCAGGACAGUUUUGCAGAGAGGAUUUGUACUUGAACAAAAGAUGGAGAAGAGUACAAUUUCUAGCAAACGAGUUUUGGCAAAGAUGGAAACGAGAAUAUCUGCUAAAUCUCCAACAGCGACAGAAGUGGCAGAAAGUUUCACGGAACCUGCACAUUAAUGACAUUGUGAUCCUACAAGAUGAUAAUGCGCCACGAUGUAAAUGGAAACUAGCUCUAGUUGUAGAGACUCUAAAA